CUACUCACGACGAGAGCGCGUCACGGCCCCAGGCAUCGCCCAUUUCAUUUCAGCAUCCGCGCACGCCACGCACUCACCGGACAACGUAGCGCUCGAAGCUCCCCGGAGAGGAGUGAGAACGGACGGAGGGAGAAAAAAAACAGAGCCCCCCUUCGAGCCCGCCGCGGCGCCAACAGCAAAGUAGCAGCAUGCGCCUUGAUUGACUGGUGAGCAGACCACGACUGGACUCGCCCAGCGACAGACUGCCUUGUGCGACCCCCCCGACGACACGACAGCGCCCAAACGGCGGCCGGCGGACUUUUUCUCCUUUACCUGCUACGGAGUACCGGCCAGCGGUUGGCAGCAACAGUAUCUGCAUAUCAGGUAAUAGGUACCUAGGCAGCAGAAGCUGAGGCACCAUUAGCACCAGCAGCACCAAGCAGCCGCAAUACCAGCGCGCAACUCCACUGGUCGCCUGCCUCAGCCGCCCGUCUGCAGCACCAGCAGCAGCACCAGCAGCACCAGCAGCAUUGACACGGGCAAGCAUCCUCCCCCGCACGGCGCCGACAUUGGUGCGAGCAAACGCUGCUGCACGUCUUGCCGGCUCUGACUUGUCGAUUCUGUUCGGCUUCCUCGUCGUCUCCACCGCCCCGCGUGCUGCAGGAGCAGCAGCAGGAGCAGCAGCAGUACUACCAGCAGCAGUGCCAGCAGCGAGAGGGGACUGCGACACCAUGAAUAAGAAGAGAUCCGCCCCUGGGUCGGAGCCCGUGGCGGCCAGCACCGUCAAGAAGCGCAAGAUGGACAACUUGCAAAAAUUCUACGCCGUCCAGGUCGGCUUCCGGCCCGGCGUGUACCUCAAUUACGCCGACUGCUCCAAGCAGACCACCGGUUUCAAGGGCGCGAUAUUCAAAUCAUUCACGUCCAUGGAGGAUGCAAAGGCGUUUGCGGCAGGCAAGAAGGUGUCGGCGCCGGCCGACGAGCCGGACCGCUUCUACGCCGUGGCGGUAGGCUCGCCCACGGGCAUCUACAGGGACUGGAGUGACGCGGCGGCGGCCAUCAAGGGUGUCAAGGGUCCCAAGUACAGGCGGUUCGACAACCGUAGUGAGGCGGUUGCGUACAUUAGGCAAUACGGCAGCAGGGAUGCCGUCGAGGCUCUGGGCGAGAUGGUGGACGACGAGCCCAUCGUGGCGGCCGCACAUGCAACCACCAGCAAGUCGACGAAGAAGACGGCGGCUUCCAAGACGGCGACGUCGACGAUCAAGAAGCCCAGCGACAACGUGCUGCAGAUCUACACGGACGGCAGCAGCCUCGCCAACGGCAAGGCUGGGUCGCGGGCCGGGGUGGGCGUCUUCUUCGGCGACGGAGACCCUCGCAACGUGUCGGAGCGCCUGCCGGGCGAGCCGCAGACGAACCAGCGGGCGGAGCUGAUGGCGAUUCUGAGGGCGCUCCAGAUCGCGCCGGUGACGCAGCCAGUGCAGAUUGUCAGCGACAGCCAGUACUCGAUCAACUGCGUGACGCAGUGGGCACCUGGAUGGAAGCGGAAGGGAUGGAUGACGGCUUCGGGCGAGAUGGUGAAGAACAAGGACCUCAUCGAGCAGGUGAUUGACCUGAUAGAGCAGAGGACUCUUGUGGGCGGCACAACGUACUUCCACUGGGUCAAGGGCCACGCCACGGAUAGAGGGAACAUGGCGGCGGACCGCCUGGCCGUGAGGGGUGCCAAGAUUGGCGUGGUGUGAAAGGGGGCGAGCGGCAAAGAAUGGGCUGGACAGCGGAUGGUAGACAUGUCAUCGGGCGAGCUGGUCGUUGGGGUUUGUGCUUCCGGACUGAUUCUUCGUUUCCCGCUGUGUGUGUGUGGGUGUGACGCGGGCUUUUUUUGGGGCGUUGCCGGACAGGACGGUUUCGGGAGGCGACGCGCAUGCGUGCAUACUUGUACUCUCUUUCUCUUUUUUCUUCACCUCCUACCUCUCUCUGGCCUUCUUGCUGUGUGUCUUAUCAUUCUGCGCCUUGGGGCCGUUGUGCUUCGCCGGCGCUCGCGCGCGGUGACACCUUCUAAUCUUUUCACGGGGAUUUGUUUUGUCCUGUCAUUUUCCGACAAGUCAUACACGUCUUGGGAUUUUGUUUUUUGUGUCUGCGCGCAUAACCUGCUCGCGUCAGGUGCUCGCCCGCUGGCAGGUCGGAGAGGGGAAGCGUUCGUCCGGAGGGGCCUCGUCUUCCUGCAAUGGAACAAUGCACAGCAUAGACGGCGUGGGGGAGGGCGCUUAGACUGGGCUGCGCGGGGCCCCGUCGAACGAUGCGUACGUGGGAUGAUUUGACUUGCGAGGAAAGAGGGG